GCUUCGCUUCGCGGCGGACGACUUCCUCCUCCGGUUUCGCGUGCGCGUAACGCGCUUGCAGCUCGUUCUCUCUCCUUUCCGGGAUCCUCGACACUAGCAGCAGAGAGCUACGGCCAGAGAGUGCGAUCAUGGCCCAGAAUAAUUACUUCGGCUUCACUCACGGUGGCACUCAAUAUGGGGCCACCAGUGCUGCAGCAUAUCAAACAGGACAAGCUGGUUAUGCUGUAACUCCAGCGGCAACUGCUGCAACAUACACUCAGAGACCUGCUGCUGCUGCGGCCACUGGCUACGAAACCUACCAGGCAGCAGCAGCUGCAGCUGCCACUGGCACCACUUACGCGGCUAAUCCAGGAACUGUGCCACAGACUUACGACUACGGUUACGGUCGUGCAGCACCUGCUGCAACAUACGACGCGACAAAGACUUACUAUCAGCAGCCUGCUGCUGCAGCAACUUACACUACUACUGAGACACACUACCAGGCUGCAAAGCCUGCUUACAGUACAACCAGUGCGUACGCAGGAGCCCCUCGUCAAGCUACAACUACUGGACAAGCAAAGACUUAUCAAGCAACUAGCACUGCUUACCCUCAGACAAAUCCUGCUCAAAAUACAACUUAUUCAUCUGGAUACUCUGCUCCUGCAGCACCUGCUGCAGCCCCAGCCGCAGCAACGAACAAAACGGCGGGUACAGCGUAUUCCGGCUACGACGCAGCGCUGUACAGCGCCGCGACAAUGUACGUAGCUCAGCAGAGCUCGAACAGCAAUUCGACUAACCCGAAGACCGGAGGUUGGCAGGGAUACGGGCGCAAGGGCUUCGGCUCUGGCGGCGGCGGCGGUGGCGGUGGAGGCGGCGGUAUGAAGGCGAUGAGACCCAAGCAGCCACCCAAGCCUCAACAGCUGCACUACUGCGACGUCUGCAAGAUCAGCUGCGCCGGGCCCCAGACCUACCGCGAGCAUCUCGAGGGCCAAAAGCACAAGAAGAAGGAGGCGUCUCUGAAAGUGCCCCAGCAGCCACCCGCACGAGGCGCUGGAAACUCUCUGAGAUGCGAGCUCUGCGAUGUCACCUGUACGGGCAACGACGCGUACGCGGCUCACAUCCGAGGCGCCAAGCAUCAAAAGGUCGUUAAGCUUCACACCAAACUUGGCAAGCCGAUACCUAGCGCUGAUCCAACCGUCCUCAACCCCAAGCCUAGUGCUGGAAACAAAGCUGGUGGAGCAAAGAAGGGCGUCAUCACCGCUACUCCAAAAAUCAACUUUGUAGCCUCUGGAAAUCUGGGUACCGUAAAUCAGAGUCAUGACGUUAAAAUCGAAGAGAAUGAGGAAGGUAAUGAGGAGCAAACAACUGAUGAAAAAGACAUCCAGCCAGUUGGGCAGGAAUACAUUGAAGAAAACAAGUCCGAAGAUGGCAAGAUCAUCAGUUUCAAUUGCAAACUCUGUGAGUGUCGCUUCAACGACCCCAAUGCCAAAGACAUGCAUAUGAAGGGCAGGCGGCAUCGUUUUGCAUACAAGAAGAAGGUCAAUCCCGAUCUAGUAGUCGACAUGAAGCCAAGUCUUAAGGGAAAAAAUAAGAAGCAACGGAAAAUGUUGGAAGAAAAGCUUCGUCAACAGCAAAUGCGCGAUGAAUACAUGCGCCGUCGCGACGAGAUGUCGCAAAUUGGUCCUAUGGGUCCUAUGGGUCCCAUGAUGGAUGAAGAGAUGAUGUACUGGGAAGAACGUAGGCGCUACGAAGAAGAUUGCGAGUACUAUGAGUGGUACCGCCGGUACGGUCGUGGACCUGGUGCCCCACCAAUGCCCAGACCAUUCCCUGGACCACCACCCAUGAUGAUGUUCCCUGGUCCGCAACGCAGGCCUGAUACCUCUGAUGACAAGCACGUUAUAGCUCAUCAUUCGACUAUCUAUCCUAAAGAGGAGGAACUGCAGGCAGUGCAAAAGAUUGUGUCUCAUACAGAAAAGGCUCUCAAGUUCGUUUCAGAUGCGCUUGCUGACUCUGCAGCCCCGGUAGCACCUCCAGCAAAUGCAGCAAACGCCAAUUCCAAUGAUGCAGCGAAAAAGGAUGAGGCUAAGAAGGCUCCACAAAAAGAAGACGGAAGUGAUGGAAAUUUGUUCUCUUUCCAGAAAGAAAAGGAAGACUCUAGAAUUCUUCGAGGAGUUAUGCGAGUGGGAAAUCUCGCAAAGGGGCUCCUUCUGUCAGGAGAUAAUCACGUUUGUCUUGUAGUAUUAUGCGCUGAAAAACCAACUAGGACGUUAUUAAAUAAGGUUGCUGAAAUCUUACCAGUGCAAUUAAAAACUGUAGCACCCGAUGAGACUUACAAUGUAGGAAAACAUGCAGAAUCAGCGGCACUUACGGUAUCUGGUGGUACAGUAACAGUCAGUGUGACCCUGACCAGUCCUAUCAUGCGCGAAGCUACAAAAGCAGCUGCUCCUGCAGAUAAUGCUGGACAGCAGCAGGGAGCUGCUCAACCACAAACGACGCCCGCGACGCCGGCCGCGACGAAACCAGAUCCACCAGACGUACUUCCCAAGGCUAAGUGUUUGGAGGCUUUAGCUGCACUCAGGCAUGCCAAGUGGUUUCAGGCUAGAGCAACGUCGCUACAGAGCUGUGUAAUGGUUAUUCGAAUAAUGCGCGAUUUAUGCAAUCGCGUACCAACCUGGGGCCCACUUAAUCCAUGGGCUUUGGAGUUGUUGACUGAAAAAGUUCUUAGCACUGCUGGUGUACCACUUAGUCCAGGUGCAGCGUUGAGACGUCUUCUGGAAUGCGUUGCUGGAGGCAUUCUACUUCCAGGAAGUCCAGGUUUAUCGGAUCCAUGCGAAAAGGAUCCAGUAGAUGCAAUAGGAAGCAUGACCGCCCAACAGCGUGAGGACAUCACAGCUUCGGCACAGCAUGCUCUGCGAUUGGUAGCCUUCCGGCAGAUUCAUAAAGUUCUAGGUAUGGAGCAGUUGCCUCCACCAAAACACAAAGGUCCAUUUACGCGUAAGCGAAGGCGCGACAAUAGCAAUGGCGAGGGUACUGAUAGCGAGGCGUCAAAAAAGGACAAAAAGACGGAGGAAAUUAAAAUGGAGACGGACUCUAAGUAGGCGAUUUCACCAAAACAUUCAAUUUAAUACUUAAGUCGUAACUUAUAAAAAUGAAGAAACAAAACUAAGAUGUACACCGAUGAUACGGUUUCCCCGGAGUAUUAUUGUCGCUGUGAAGAUUGCUUGUUAUUCUUCAAAAUGUAGAGAACGAAUGCGAAGAGCUGAGCUAUGACAUAAAAAGCAAUUAUGAAGCUGUGAAAGCCUUCUUUUCGUAUUAAAAUGCUUUUUAUUGGAAAAAAUGUAUUUCUCGGUUUUAGCGGUGUUAAAUGCAAUUAAACUUCUGCUCUCAUAAAGUUGUUCUUUUUUUGAACAGGCAAUUGGAUCAGUGAUACAUUUUAAAAAGAAUAUGAUCUUUAUUGGAGGAAAUGACUGUAGGCAUUGUGAUUAGUUUGGACUACUUAUUUAUCUAUACAUUUUUGAAACAAAACUGAAAUUAGUCACAAAUGUAAUGCGAGAGAAAGCCAAGUCGAUAUGAGAGGUGUGGAGAUUUGUAACUUUUGAAAGUUAAGAGUAGAUGUAGUUUGUAUCGGAACUUCAUGUGUUCGUUGUGUGUGUAGUCUUAUUUCAAAUGAGAGAAUUGAAAAAUAACAAAAAACUUAAUGGGAGACUCGUUCUUACAAAUAAAUCGCGUAGGGGCUUAUUUAUCCAAUCAAAUUCCAUGAAAUGACGUGGAAUUUAAAAAUGUAACGAGGCUUUCAAAGCACAGAAAAACUUUAUAUUUCUUUGACAUGAAUAUAAUUGAUAUCCAACUAAAAGAAGUAAUUGCUCCUUGUAGAGUUAUAUCUCUGAUUCAUCUGUGCAUUAAUAAUGAAUUUUUUCGAAGACGAAUGUAUGGCUGCAUUGCUGUAUUUAAGAAACGUCACUGAAUCACAUAAAUGAAAUAAAUUUAAAUA